AUGAGCAGGGCGUGUGACGUGUUCAUCUCGGCGGUGCCGGGAGAAGCCGACGCGGCCGGUGAAACCCUGAAGGCAAGCCUGGAUGACCGUGCGUUGGACACGUUUCUCGAUCUCACACCAACGCCCACCCCGUCCGCGGGUUCAAGCACUAGCUCAUCGUCUCAUGGCCCGGACGUGCCACGUGCAGCUGCUUUGCGUGCAUGCAAGCUUGUGGUCAUCUUGGGGACGCCAUCCUACGGAUUAGAGGUGCCUGCAAGCACGCCCAGUGAUGACAACGUUGAUGAUGAUCAAGACCAGGACAGCGGAAGCGACGCCGCCUGCCAACAAUACGGCGACACUGGUUGUCCGGACAAGAACAGUAAGGCUUCGAGCAAGCAGCAGAAGCGCAACCCGACGGCGAGCGACCUUGCGUUCGUGUUGCAGCACCAGAAGCCACUUGUGGUCAUCGACAUGUGCCAGUCUGCGUUUAAUUCGCCGUCGGUGCAGGAGCGCUUGCUGCACAGUGCUCACGCCACCAAAGUUGACUGGCACCUGGACACAACAACGGACACGACCAUCAGUGUUCCCGCUCCCGUCCUGGCAUGCAUCUCUGACAAACUAAUGAGCGUCUCCUUCUCUAGGCAGGCUCGAUCCAUCAAUUUGGUGCCAACAGUUGAAGGCUCGAUCCCUGCAAGCACGGACACAAACACGGACAAGCUGUACGAAGAUGGAAACAUUGUCGAUCAGCCUGGCAUGGCUGUCAAUCUCGCAGUUGAAGUUGCGCGCUCCUUCCCAAUUCAGCAAGCUGAAGCGCAGAAAGCACUGUCGAACGGGCAGCACCCACCUGGCACAUUUAUUCUGCGGGAUGGCCCUGUACCAAACACCAUCAUCAUAGCCCUGCUCGCACGGGAGGGCGUUGUCGAGGAGCAUACGCUCACGAAACACGACAGUCACUCUUUUUCCCUGAACAACGAGCUCUUGCCAAAGGAGUGCACCACGCUUCAAGCCAUCAUCUCCCAUCUCAAGACCAACCCUCACUCGCUUCCCCUCCCGCUGGGGAAUGCCGUGGUGCUGCCGCACGUGUAUGAGAAGACAACCCCCAAGGGAAGCACACCACCCUUGAAACCCGGACAUGUGCAGUCCCUGCAGCCCAGCCACCAUUCUUCGCCGCAGUCCAACUACGAAGCCACAUUGUCCAAUGCUCACUCCGGUGAGGCUGGCAGCAACCACGGCAGCCACCCCAGUGGAAUGCCUUCGCGUGGUGCAGCGGGGAUGCGAGGCCUGCCCGCCGCCGUCGGUCAGGGACGUGCUGAUCAGCCCAUUCGACUGUACGGCGAUCCCACGAACCCGGGCGGAGUACCGACGCGACCGCUCUAUGUGCAUGUUCCGCCAGCCGGGCAAACGGCCAUCGAUCCAAGCUCAUUCAAGGUGUACGGCGACGCAAACGCCUCAACAGGAGCGCGCGAUCAAGAGAGGCAACAGCAGCAGCCAGGCCCACAGGAGCAAGCGCCGCCCGGCAACAGCAAGGGCCAGGACUACCUUGAGCCUGUGAGCACGCGGCCAUCCUCGUCCAUCCCAAACUGCUAUGGGCAAAUCAUGGCCAACCCCGACUACGAGCACCUCAAGCCCGAGUACGACCACAUCUCGGAGGACGACGAGUUUGGUCUGCCGACGACCGAGCAGCUGCGUACCUUUGAGAUGGAGCUCAGCGGCGACGGCACCAGCGGUGCACAUGACGAGCAUGCACAGCGACAGCAGCAGGGACGCCCAAGAAAGGCCGCAAGGGCAGCGCGUGGCGAUGGAAAGGGCUCUCUCACUGAGAACCCGGUCCUCGCCUGGUGCUCCGCGCUGUGCGUGCUGUGCGGACUUGGCUCGUGCGGCAAGCGCCGUCUCAGAAUCAUCGCAGGCGUCUCAGUCUUCGCCUUGGUCAUCAUCAUCGUUGCAGCCGUUGCGGCAACGUCAGCCGGCGGCGGUGGUGGUGGAAAUGGCCCCAGCAGCGCGGCAGCAGCGACGUGCGAGACGAUCCUGCCGCUCACACUCGAUUGCCUGGACACAGAGUCAACCACCCUAGUGGAGUAUGCGGCCGUCAACUCAGGGCCCGUGUGCGAGGUGCAGCGUGUGGAGAACUGCUGCUGCGACGCCUUCUUCACCUUGGCCCGUGUCAACGGCUCGGUGCACGUCGUCGCCAACGCUACGAGCCCCACGUCCCUGAGCCUCGGCUCCCACCUCACGUACAUCGCCGGUGACUUUAUCAUCGACACCACACCACCUUCACCCUCCUCCUCCUCCUCCUCCUCCUCCUCCUCCUCCUCCUCCUUUGCCGGUGUGGCUGUACAGUCAUCGUCCUUGCUGCCCAUGUUGGCUAUGGUUGAUUUUGGCGUCGUCGAGCGCAUUGGUGGGAGCGUCCGCGUGGCUGGAUUUGGCGCGCUGACGCACGUUGACUUCCGUCAACUGACCUUCAUUGGCGGAUCUCUUGAUCUCCGAGACAGUACCGUCCUCCACUCACUCAGCCUUGAGCAGGUGGCCAGCGUCGGUGGCAGCGUCGUGCUCAACAACACCUCCCUGACCAGCAUCGAUUUUGGCGCGCUCACACAGGUUGCAGGCGAUCUUUCGCUCGCCUCAACUCCCGUCACGAGCAUCGACCUUGCCAGGAUCGCACACAUCGGCGGCACCCUAACCAUGCGCCAGGACACCCCCCACCUCGAGACAGUCCGUCUUGGGCAGCUCACGCGUGUUGGGGGCGACGUGGUGCUUGCAGGCACCGCUGUUCGUGCUGUGGCGCUUGCGCGUAUGACCACCAUCGGCGGCAGCUUGCUCGUGCGCGAUAACAACCUGCUCACGUCCAUCCAGCUCAACGACCUGGCACACGUCGGCGCCGGCAUGGUUCUCUCCAGCAACGAUCUGCAGUUCAUCAACUUUGCUCACGUGCCGUCCGUUGGCAGUGAGCUCGACAUCAGCAACAACGAGCGCCUGACGAUGCUGCAGCUGGGUUCACUCACACGUGUGGACGGCAGCUUCAGCCUGGCGACCUGCGGGUUCACGGCCGUUGACUUUUCGGGACUUGAGCGCGUCGGUGGCGACCUCGAUGUAAGCAACAACGCCCUGACCAGCAUCGCGUUUGGCAGCGCGCUGACGAUGGUAGGCGGCGAUGUGAACCUCAGCAACAACGGUUUCGACUACCUUGACGCUAUUCUCGGCGAGGGCGCCUCAUCAACACAAGCAGGGGCAGCAACCGCGGUGCUCCCUGUCAUUGGGGGCAGCCUUGUUCUUGCUGGUAACCUGCUCCCCUCCGCCAGCAUGAGGGCGUUUCCUGCGACAAUCGGCGGCGCCGUGGAUCUUAGCAACAACCUGCUGUCCAGCCUGUCGUUUGACGGGCUGACGAGCCUUGAGUUUGGCGUCCUGGCCGCGAACAACAACGGGCUGCAAUAUGUGGACCUGCGUGACGUGACUGCGGUGCACGGUGACCUGGAUCUGAGCUUGACCGGUUUGUACACGUUGGUGGCGACAAAGGUGGACCUGUUUGCCGGCGACGUGAUUCUCGCCGACAACCGCCUAGGCUCCAUCCUGUUCUCCAGCACCCUUACCCGCAUUGCAGGCAGCCUCAUCCUCAGCCACAACACCAUCUAUUCCAUUAACUUCCCAGCGACACUCACGCACAUCGGCGGCUCGCUCGAGCUCAUCAACGACAACCUCCAAUCCGUGGACCUGGGCGCAAUCAGAACCAUUGGCGACAGUCUCGUCGUUGCCAGCAGCGCUUCCCUCAACUCGUUUGACUUUGGAGACGUCACUCAGAUUGGCGGCAGCAUCGUCAUCACCAACACUACGCUCUCCUCCUUUGAGCCUCCGGCCUCAAUGACAACGCUGAACGGAGACCUUGACCUGAGCAACACGGAGCUGAGCAGUUUCUCGCUCGGCCAGAUCACCGCCAUCACGGGCAGCCUGCUGCUGUCGCGCACGUCGCUGCAGCAGCUGCUGCUGCCAGGGUUGCAGUCCCUUGGCGGUUCGCUGGACGUCUCCGGCAGCAGCCAGCUCACCCGCGUCUCGUUUGGGCAGCUGACCAGCCUUGCUGGCGGCAGUCUCGUCGUGCACAGCACUGCCGUGACCUCGCUCCCGCUCAACGACAUCACUGCCGUUGGCGGCGACAUUGACGUGCGCAGUUGCGCCAACCUCAGUACCCUGGACCUGGGCCCCCACAUCACGGCUGUGCCCGGAAGCGUUCUCGCCAUGAACAGUGGGCUGACGAGCAUCGAUCUGAGAAACGUGCGCCGCAUCGGCCGCAACCUGAACGUCUCUGGCAGCAGUGACGCUGGGCUUGACCUUGACGUCGGCGCGUUGGAGUAUGUGGGCGGGGCUGUGGAUGUGAGUCGUACCAGUCUCGCCACCUUUGACCUGCGGGCGCUGGCGGUGAUUGGCGGCGACUUGCGGAUUGUGGAUGCAGAUGCACUGGCCGUGCUGGAUGUGGGGGCGCUGACGCGCGUGGACGGGUCCUUCGUGCUGGAUGAGUGCGACACGCUGCCUUCCCUUGGCUUUGGCGGCAUUCGCUCCAUCGGUGCCGAUGUGCAGCUGAGCUCGAACCCUCGUCUCCUGCACGUCGACGUUGGCAACGCCCUGACCCGGAUUGCCGGUGUGCUACGCGUGGCCAACAUGGACGGCCUGUCAGCGCUGGAGCUGGAUCGAGUCGCCAGCGUGCACGCCGUUGACAUUUCGUACUGCGAACCGCUGGUCAGGAUCACGUUUCCCGCGCUCACACACAUCGAAGAUGGGAUUACCAUCACGGCGGUGGGCGUGGAAAGCGUCGACUUCCCCCUGCUCACAGGCUCGGUCCGAUACGCAACAUUUAACGCCCUCACAGCAUCGCGUGUUUCACUGGGCGGCCUCCAGGAAGUCGCGGAGACCUUAAACGUCCAUCUACUCCAAGCGCUUCAGCAGCUGGACUUUGGAGCCAUCACCCGUGUUGGAGGCAACGUUCACGUCACAGGGUUAGGGAGCGCCAGCGGGAUUGCAAUUGACUUUGCCGGCAUCUCCACGAUUGACGGUGCCGUUGAGGUCUCUGGCUGUGCCGCGGCUUCGCUGGACUUUGGCGCGUUGCGCUCUGUGGGUGGUGACUUGACUGUCGCUGACAACGGCCUCACGCAACUCAGCCUCGGCAGCAUUUCAACCGUUGGCGGCAGUGUCAACCUCUUUGACGAGUCGUGGGCGGCACUGGACGUGGGCGCGCUGAAACAAGUGAGCGGUCAGGUCUAUGUGUACCUGGGCGCCACCACGUCACUCAACUGCAACGGCUUUACUGCGGAAUGCUUGGCCGUCGAGGCAGCAGAAACAGCAACGCCACAGCUGAUGCGUUGCCCAGACCCAUGCUCAUGAUUCUGACGCGUGUGUGUGCGUGUGUAAGCGGAGGGAGGUUGGA